GAAAGAGAGACUCUGGAGGGGUGGGGCAUGUUUGCAAUUCAAAUCCUUGCCUUUCUUUGCGACUCUUCAAAUAAGAAGGCAGGAGCUGCAGCUAGGUGCUAAGGGUCUUCUGAAUUGCAGUGGCAAUAAGAUCCGCGAAGAUCCUCACUCCUGUCUCCUGUCUGUUUUUGAAGCCAACAGGGAAAGGGCAAGGAUGGUGGAGGCUUUCUGUGCUACCUGGAAGCUGACGGACAGCCAGAACUUCGAUGAGUACAUGAAGGCUCUAGGUGUGGGCUUUGCCACUAGGCAGGUGGGAAAUGUGACUAAACCAACAGUGAUCAUCAGUCAGGAGGGGGACAAAGUGGUGAUCAGGACUCAGAGCACGUUCAAGAACACAGAGAUUAGUUUCCACCUGGGAGAAGAGUUUGAUGAAACCACUGCAGAUGACCGAAACUGUAAGUCUGUUGUUAGCCUGGAUGGAGACAAACUCGUGCAUGUACAGAAAUGGGAUGGCAAAGAAACAAAUUUUGUAAGAGAAAUUAAAGAUGGGAAAAUGGUUAUGACUCUUACUGUUGGUGAUGUGGUUGCUGUUCGACACUAUGAGAAGGCAUAGAAAGGUUCCUGGCCUGGGGCUGCAGAAGCUCUCUGAUUUUUCUGUUUACUCAAGUCUCAGUGCUUUCCUGCAAUUACAGCAGUGCUGACCACUAAUUAGAAGGUUAUUGUCAGCAUGGAGAUGGAAAAUGGUGAUUUAAAAACCUGUUUUAAAAACUUAUUACUCCAAGCAACUAGCCCAAUUUUGAUCUGCCAAUUUAUAGUUUUACAAUUCACAUUAAAAUUUUAAGCCACAUUUUUAAAAUAAAUAAGUGAAUACAUUUUAUAAUUUCCAUUGGCAUGCAAAUAUAUUUGGAAUAAAAAUCUUAGACCCAUGAGAAAUUUUGUUGUUGUUUUCAAUAUCACUAAUCUGGGUGGGAAUUUUAUAUUAGAGAGUUUUAUACAAAAGAGCCUUUCUUAUGACAUAAAGUAAGGCGGGAAAAAUUAGCACUUCAUUUAAAACACUAAUUUAAAAAAUAAGCAGAAGGCCAAGGAAACGUGGAAAUGCCACAGUUUUGGUUGAUACUUCCAUAGAGAAUUCGCGAUGAUUAAAUUCGUUUGGCCAGAAUCCAAAGGAGCCUCAUUAUGGUGGGUUGGGCUGUGCAAUGAUCUCUUGCUAUUAGAAACAGG